UUUCUCCGCUGAACUUUGCGUGUGGACACGUCUGUUUCGACUGAAAACACCCACAAGGAGGAUGUUGUGAGGAGAAUUUUGAGGAAAAGGGUCCCUAAAUUUUCUUCUUCAACAAAUCCAAACUUUGGAAAAAUAUGAAAACGGACAGGGACGUUGGAGACAUGAGGGGAGUGACUGUGAACAGCUUCGCCGAAGAGGCUCCUUCCUCGGGCAUGGCCAAGAAUGGAUACUUCUAUCAGGAGAUGGAGCAGAGGGAGCGAGACGAGCAGGAGGAGGGGAGUGAAGACCGUGAGGAGGGUCAGGACUCUCCUAUCCCAUCAGGAGAUGACGUUCAUCUCUACGGCAACCAGGCACACCAAGGAGGGACAGAUUCUGAUGUCCAUGGCUGUGUCUUGCUCAACACAUCAAGACGAUAUGUAAAACUGAUGAACUUCGAGGAGGAGGUAAGGGCCCACAGGGACCUGGAUGGCUUUCUGGAAAGGGCGUGUAUUCUUCUGCAUGAAGACGAGGCGUCGCUGGACGACGUGCUGAAGACCAUGCUCCGGCACAUCUCCCAGGACCCACACACAGCUGAGCCUGGCUGCAACUUCGAGGAGAUCAUGAGCUCACUCUUCACUGAUGCUGGCUCACAGGAGGUCAACGACAGGUCGCCAAGUUUCCCUUUCUGUGAUAAUGUGCACCUGUUGUCAGAGACGCUGCAGUGUGUGACAGCUACUGCCACGGGCAUCCAGUACCAGCAGUCCUGGCUCUGCAUCCUCUGUAACGUGAAGAACCUGCAGAGGCGGCAUGUAUGUAUCUCUCGGCUGGACCGGCCUCAGAACUGGGGAGAGAACUGUGCAGAAGUCCGUUAUGUCAUCCUCAUACUGGCACCCCUUAAAAUGAAAAGCACCAAGACAGCGAUGGAGCUGGGCCGGACAUUUGCAAGUAUGUUUUCAGAUAUCUCCUUCAGGCAGAAGCUGCUAGAGAGUAAGACUCAGGAGGAGUUUAAAGAGGCACUAGUCAUUCAGAGGUAUCACCUGACUGCGGCAAAGCGCAAAACUACCACUGUGGAGGAGGAAGAGACUGACCCACACAGUCACAAGCCACUCAAGUCUGCAGUCUCUGCUCACCUUGUGUCUCUCUCUCUGCUGUGCAGGGGGCUCUGUUGUAGAGAUUUUUUCAGAGUGGGCAGAGGCAUCUAUGAGGAUCUAUGUCGCCGACUUCCCUUCUAUCCAUCCGACUUUACUGAUGGCAUAGUGGGAAACAAUAAAGCACUAGUGAAAUACAUGACAACGUCCAUCUUUCUCUACAUCGCUGUUCUGCUGCCUGCCAUUGCAUUCGGCUCACUCAAUGAUGAGAGUACAAGAGGAGAAAUAGAUGUUCAGAAGACGAUUAUUGGGCAGAGUAUAGGUGGAAUCAUCUAUUCUCUGUGUGCUGGUUCCCCUCUGGUCAUCCCCCUAACUACAGCACCUAUCGCUAUCUUCAUCAGUGUAAUCAGGGGGAUCUGCGAUGAUUAUGAACUGGACUUUGCUGCAUUCUAUGCCUGCAUUGGCCUGUGGAACAGCUUAUUCCUUAUCAUUGGAGGUGUCUUUAACCUUAGCCUACUCGUUAAGCUCUUCAAGAGGUCGAUAGAAGAGGUGAUAGCUCUGUUCAUUUCAAUUGCUUUUGUAGCAGAUGCUGUCAAAGGCACUGUCAAAAUCUUCCAUAAAUACUACCAUGCACCAACACUGGCCAAUGGCAGCAUAGAGGAGUUGAAUCGAAUAAUCAGAGGCAUGCCUGUAGGGGAUAUGAACUUGACUGGGUCACUCCCAGAAUCCUUCAUUCUGUGUACACGAGCACGGCCGCUGCUCUGCCUACUCCUCAUGCUGGGAACCCUGUGGGUGGGAUACACACUCUACCAGUUUAAGAGAAGUCCCUUCCUGCAUGCCAAGAUGAGGGAGAUUUUGUCAGACUGUGCUCUGCCCAUCUCUGUGCUCGUCUUCUCCUACGUAGGCUCCUAUGUCUUCAACGAUAUUGGCUUGCCAGUGUUUGAUUACCAUGAGGGUCCAGUGUUCCGAGUGGCCCCUUUAGAAAAGCUCACAGGAGCCAGUGUGCUGAGUGCUAUGGGUCUGGGCUUACUCCUCGCUGUCCUCAUCUUCAUCGAUCAGAACAUUGUAGUCUCACUCACCAAUGCUCCAGAGAACAGGUUACUGAAGGGUACAGCGUAUCACUGGGACCUGACGCUAUCUGGCCUGAUUAAUAUUUUGAUGUCGGUGCUGGGCCUGCCGUGGAUGCAUGCUGCUUUCCCUCACUCCACGCUGCACGUUCGGCAGCUGGCCAUUGUGGAAGAGCGGGUGGAGGGAGGACAUCUCUACGAGACUAUAGUGAGUGUGAAGGAAACGCGGGUGACAUCGCUGGUGGCUAAUAUCCUGAUCGGUGUGAGUGUGUUCCUGCUCCCUGUGCCGCUGCAAUGGAUUCCCAAACCUGUGCUCUAUGGCCUCUUUCUGUACAUCGCCCUCACUUCCAUCGACGGCAACCAGAUGUGUGACCGCAUGGCACUGUUACUCAAGGAACAGACAUCCUAUCCUCCCACUCACUAUAUCCGGAAGGUGCCGCAGAGGAAAAUCCAUUACUUUACUUUCCUUCAGAUGGUGCAGCUGCUGUUCCUCUGUGCGUUCGGGAUGUACCCUCUCCCGUACAUGAAAAUGAUCUUCCCUCUGCUAAUGUUUAUUCUCAUACCUAUCAGGAAUUGUCUGCUGCCCAGGAUCAUUGACGCGAAAUACCUGGACAUCAUGGACGCACAGCACAUGUAAACACACGCACAUUGCACCUCCAACAAAAGGACUCUGGGAAUUGUAUUUCUGAAAUGCAAAACUCUGGGAGGAAAAACAGACUGAUUCUAGUGUUGAACAGCAGGCAUUCUGGUGAAGCACUGAAAAUGAGAGAGAGAGAGAGAAAGAGAGAGAGAGAGAGAGACUGAGCGACAAAGAGAGAGAUUAAUAUAGAUAAUAAUUAAGGCAGACUGUACUCCUGUCUGACUGUUUGACCUCUGACUUCGGUCAGUCAUCGCUUCUCUCAUGUUUUUCCCAUGCCAAAGCUUCUCUGUUUGGUUUGUUCUGAUGCACCUGUGCAGCAUAACAUGGACCAAGCAAUUGAUUUCUGAAACCAUCACACAAAUACACAUACAAACGCACGUGUAGUGGAGUCAAGUUGUCGAGUCACGCUGAUGUUAAACGACCGCGUUGACUGUUUGACUCUUCUCACUGUCUUUCUGAUGCCGCAUGACAGGUCACUGAACAAGAGAGUGGAGUGGAUCUAUCUGUAGCAAUACCUCCUUGAUGCUGACCACUCACACACGCAAAACAAACCAGCUAAACCUCUUUGUAUCCUGUCCUCUCAUCAGUUCAUACAUUAAGUGAAGUCAGACUGUGGGUAUCAUAGACAUUCCAGUGCAUCGCAGGGCGCAUCAUUGCUAAUAAGUACUGAUAAAGUCAGCACAGACCAAAAGAACACAUGCACCCUGCUUGAAUACUGUGUCUCAUAGCAAUACAGUGUUAUAGAAUAUAAAUAUUUUAGAUAUUUCUAAGAGAGACAUUUCUUUUGAGGUUGAUAUAUUUCUAGUUUGGAUACAUGGUGACAUAUUCAGAAUGUAACGUUAGCGACGAUGCUUCAGGGAUACGGGUUGCCGCGUCCAGAUUAAAGUCAAGGAAGAGCUAUUUCCCACAGACCUUACUCAACUGCGGAAUGAACAUAUUGCCAUUUAAGCUUUGCACAUUACAGAACACCACAACUGUCUGCGAUCUCAAAUGUAACCAAACAAGCACACACACAAACAUAUAAACAAAUACCUAUAGGCAUGUGCUUAUAAACAGACUAGCAUGCUGGCUCACAUGCACUCAAUUCUGGCCCUACUUCACACCGGAUAUGGUGGAAUUAAUAAAGCAUGGCUUUUAUAAGACACCAAAAGUUUAAAUUUUUUUUACAAUUCAAAACAGAAAAGGCAUUUAAAAGUGCUAAAUCAAGAGGGAUCAUCAAGGAAUGUCUUAGAAGUGCUGGUUUUUGUACACAAACAUACAGCCUUUUCAAAAUGUGUCCAAAAUCUGGACAGCUAACAGGCUCUUCACAGUUGACUUCAAUACGUGAUCUCUCUUGAUUUGUUAUAGUAAUAUAACCAUUUUUAAGUGUUCAAAAUUGUAUCUUGAAGUAACUGACUGUUUUAAACGUCAUCACAUUCCCUUUUCCAGCAUUGCUGAAUCAUACUCAAAUCCUAAAGUACCCAAACAAAGCUCUUAGAACUGUGCUACUAAUACUGAGAGAGACAGACAGAGAGAGAAAAGAGAGAGAGAGAAAGACCCAGACAGAGGGAGAGAAAAGAGAGACAAAGAGAUUAAGUGACAGAGAGAAAGAGUCAGGCCCCAGAUGAUAGGGAGUAUAUUGAGAGAGUAUAUUGUCGAACUGAAUUUCUCUAUGCUUGGAGCACUGCAGGGUUUUGUAAUUUUCCUGCCUGCUUUAACAAACUGAACCUGCAGUUAGUUAUAGAGCUAAUUCUGGGUUUAAUCAAGGCGGGAAAAACACUUAACAAAUUGGCGCUGUGAGCAUACAGAAAUCCAAGCUGAAUGGUAUAGAGGUGAGCUAAGUGCCCUAAAAUAGGGAGUUUGUACCCCUUUGCUGCAGUGACAGCCUCUGCUCUAAGGCUUUGCACUAGAUGUUUGAAAGAUUGCUGAGAGGAUUUGAUUGCAUUCAGUUACAAGAGCAUUACUGAGAUCAGGUACAAAUGUCAGACAAUUAGUUCUUGGAAUGUGCUUUAUCAUGGUCACAGUUUAUCUGGAUAGCCCCCAAUAGAUUAUCUAUACAGUGGUGCUUAAAAGUUUAUGAACCCUUUGGAAUUUUCUGUAUUUCUGCAUAAAUAUGACCUAAAACAUCAUCAGAUUUUCACACAAGUCCUAAAAGUAGAUAAAGAGAACCCAGGAACCCA